ACGACAGUUUCCGUCCAGUGUUCAGCGACUUACGCACAGAGUGAGAGAGAAACCCGGAUUUCAGAAUCAAAUCUAAGAGCAUAAUUCGAAUUCGAGAUCUUGAACAAUUCCGUCAAGUAGAUGGAGACGGCGAACAAGAACAAGGAGAAGGAGCUUGAGCUGAGGCAUCUAGGUUUCGUGAGGAUUGCGGCGAUUCAGGCUCUGGUUUGCGUGUCAAAUCUGUACGAUUACGCUAAGCAGAACUCUGGUCCUCUGAAAUCGGCUGUCGUAACAGUGGAAAGCGCUGUCACCUCCGUCGUCACUCCCGUCUACGACAAGUUUAAGGAUGUCCCCGAUACUCUCCUCCUCUUUCUCGACAACAAGGUAGACGAAGCUUCGCACAAGUUCGAUAAGCAUGCACCUCCACUGGCUAAGCAAGUGGUCAGCCAAGCAAACGUUUUGAUCCACAGAGCCGCCGAAAAGGCUCAGAACUUGUUCAGAGAAGCUCAAACCGGAGGAGCAAAGGCGGCUUUCAGCUAUGCAGCAAUGGAGUACAAGAACUUCCUAGUGAUCAACUCGGUUAGAGCAUGGACUAAACUCAACCAGUACAAACCGAUCCACAAAGUUUCCGACAAAGCCUUACCCAUCGCUGCUCACUUGUCGGAGAAGUAUAACCGCAUCGUCAAGGACAUGUCCCAGAAGGGUUACCCUAUCAUCGGCUACCUCCCAUUGGUUCCAGUGGAGGACAUUUCCAAGGCCUAUAAAGAGGAAGAUGCUGCGCCCAAGAAAGGAGAUGCUGAUGCCAAGAACUCGUGUUCUGAUUCGGAUUCUGAUUGAUGAUGUUGUCUUGAUAUACGUUUGGAAAGUGUGGCUGCUCGCCUGGUUUGGUGGUUCUGUGUCUGGCCAUGUCUCCUCGUGAUUCUUAGGAUGCUGCCAAUGUGUAAAUGAUCGUAGGACCUGUGCCUUCUCCAUUAAGGGCUUUGUAAAACUUCAGUGUGUGCUUGUUGGCAAGUCUUUCAUUUCUUGGUUUGGUCAUCUGGUAAA